GGCGAUCCUGCGCGGCGAGACGGUCGUUAACCUACGCACCCGAUCCUCUCUGAGUCGCAAUAUGACGCUCCCGAUGCCGGCGGUGUGGAAUAUCAGCUACCUGGCUGCGACCAUUGUUCUCCUCUUCGCCAGCCCGCCGGACCCGAAAGCGACGCUCGCCGCCUUGAGAUGGCUGUCUGUGCAGUUGGGCGGACUCCCGACCAUGGUGGAUAUCUGGAAGAAUGCAUCCGCGGACCUGCCAAAGCGGUUUGCUCAGGCGAAAAAGGCUGCGAUUGACGGCAAGGUGGCUAAGGUGACUGUCCUGGGCGUGAACCUUGUCGAUGUGGAGAUCAUCGAUCGGGGCGAGAUCAAAAGCCGCGAUAUGGAUUAUACGUCCUUUGCGCACUCGUUCGCCUUGGCUAUUGGAAGGGAAGGGUUUCGGGUCUACCAGGCGUGGCAAACACGUGGGCUUCGGUUCGAUCAGUACUUGAUGAAUGGUGGUUCGCGACUUCGCUCUUGGGCGGAGUCCAAGUCCUUUCUAAGAAACUUCAAGAUCCUCUCUCGGCCUCAGAAGAAAUGGUCACCUGAGCUGAACAGUGCCUAUGCAGAGUGUUUUGAAGUGAAUAUUGAUUUGAUUUGUGGGGAAGGACAUAUGAAUCCUCCUAUCAUUCCUGUCUAUCGGCCUUGGGUGAGGGUCUUCGAGAUCAACGAGGUCAAAAUUGAAGACAUCAAGAAGUUCAAGUGGGAGGGAAGCGUUUAG